UUAACCUUUCCUCUUUGUCUCAAUCUGUCAUAUGCAUGCAUACAGGGUGGACGUAUUGACCACAGUGAUGUAUGCAUGCAGAAACUGACAAUUUUUUACACUCCUGAGAAAGAUUGUAAGAUAAUGUUUACUUUAUAUAGAAAUUUUAAACCUAAGGUGUCCGAAACCUUUUUUUUGUGACUCAUCAAAUGUAAAGUUUUUAAGUGUGCUCUUCUGUACAGAUUUGGAUCAAAUCGAUCUAAAGCCACCAACCCACCUCCGCAUGUCGCUGUGAAAUAUUUAUCGCUUUCCUCUUUGUCUUUUGUCCUCUAUGCCAACAGCUGCCUCUUUAUAAUAGAUCUUCCCUCCUGCUUUAUACACAUAAACACAGUGUCAUGUCAACACAGAGAUACAUUCACCACCUGUAGCUGCUCUGCAAAUGACAGACAGAAACACAGCAGACCUGCUCGCAUUAACACAGCUCCAGAAUGCAUCUGCUGUUGGUUCUUCUCUUUGUUCUUGAAGUCCAGUCGAGAUCCACCAGCCACAACUUUACAACCGACUGCCUCUAUCAUGUGGAGCUCAAAGCCGCCAACUGCACCAGCAGCAAUUUCACGCACCUGCCCGUCUCCGUUCCACCCUAUACCGAACAACUUGACUUGUCCUUCAACCACAUAAGUGCCAUACGACCCCGAGCUUUCCAGACCACACGAAGACUUCGCGUCCUUCUUCUGAACGGCAACACCAUUAGCGCACUGGCCGAUGGGGCCUUCUUCUUCCUAGAAGAUCUGCUGAGACUGGACCUGAGCAGAAACCGAAUCUCAUCGCUGAGCGGAGGUUUCUCGUUGGGACUUGGGUCCCUUCGUGAGCUGUCGCUGGCUGAAAACAAGUUAAGCGUCAUGGAAAGUGAUUGCUUCGUCCACUUGGACUCAUUACAAAAACUCAACCUGAGCCAUAACGCCAUCAAAACCAUCAAGAUGAGAGCGUUCGGCUCCACGAGUACCCUACGCCAGAUACAACUGGACUGGAACAACAUCACGGUUCUCAACAACGGGAUCUUCUCCAUGCUUCGCAACCUCGAAGUUUUAAAUUUACGACACAACCAGAUCCACGCGCUGGAUGUUGGGGUUCUUUCGCCCUUGACCAGUCUUGCCUUACUGGAUCUCACCAGCAAUAACCUAUCGUCCAUUCAGUUCAAGACCUUCUUGAGUCUCAAUACGUACAGCACCCACAUCAUGCUUCAAGGAAACCCGUGGAAGUGCGACUGUGAUCUUCAGAGAGUGUUUCGAAAGCUUUGUAACGUCAAGAGGUUGUUCCUAGAUGACUACGACAGCCUCAAUUGCUCCAAUUUGGAUGAGAUACACGGUUACUCAAUGGGUUUCGAUACUGAGCUGUGUGUCGCUGAAAUGGUAACCGUCCUUGUCAUCACCAUCACCGUGUUUAUCACGGUUGUGGCCGCCAUCGUGAUGGCAGAGAAAAAGAGGAAGAAAAAGAUCAAAGAAAAACAUUGGACGGAGGUUAGAGAGGCAUCCAAGGCUGAUCGAUCCUAUUACUAAAUUAUUAUGACUGUCAAUAAGAUACACAUACAAUGAAGUGACUAUUGAACAUUGCCCUUGUAAGGUGUUUGUGAAAGUUAUGAAAGAAAACAUGCAUUUGGUGAUGUUUUCAUUUAUUAAUUGAUUUAUUUGUAUUUUCUACAUGUAUAACUUUACUGAUUGAUUAGUUAUGAGACUUUAAAUCGCUACCUUUCAUGUUAUUUGUGUUUGCCUUACCGAGGAACAUCUCUGAAUAGGUCUCAUAGUUAAUUUUAUAAUAAUCUACCCAACUUUGCUGGUGCAGGUACAACACAGUCCGGCAGGUGGCA